AUGUUCGAAAACCUCUGCACGCUCCCGUUGACCUCGGACCUGUUCACCCAGGCCGUCCACCCAACCGAGCCCGUCCUGACCGUGGGCCUCUCGAGCGGCCAUGUCGAGACCUUCCGGAUCCCCUCCUCCGACAACGACUCGGACGAGCACGUCGACGAGAACAGCAGCAUCACGAGCGGCAAGGGCCUGAUCAGGAGCGUGUGGAGCACCCGCCGUCACAAGGGGAGCUGCCGCAGCCUGGCUUACAGCUACGAUGGCCAAUCUCUCUACUCGGCCGGGACAGACUCGGUAGUCAAGCACUUCUCGCCCGAGACUGGCAAGGUCAUCUCCAAAAUCAACAUCCCACCCCGGGGCUCCUCCGCCGACGACCCUGCCAUCAUGCGCGUCCUGAGCCCCCAGAACCUCCUCGUCGGCACCGACAGCGGCGCGCUAUACAUCUACGACCUGCGCGACAAGCUGCGCGCAGAGAAGGACCCCGGGUCCAAAGACCCCCUCGGCUCGAUCGGUGCGCAGCCCGUCCGCAAGCACUUUCCCCACGACGACUACGUCACCAGCAUCACGCCAUUACCGCCCAGCGCCGAGUCGACUUCUGGUGUCCCCCGGCAGUGGGUCUCGACCGGAGGGACGACGGUGGCGGUCACUGACAUCAGGAGCGGCAUCAUCACGAGGAGUGAGGACCAGGAGGACGAGCUGCUCUGCGCCGAGCUUAUCCCCUCCGGCCUGGGCCCCAAGAAGCUGCGGAGCAACGCGGUGGUGGCGGUGGGGACCGGCUCCGGCGUGCUCACAAUCUGGGACCGGGGGUCGUGGGACGACCAGCAGGAGCGCAUCUACGUCGCCGGCGGGCGCAACAGGAAGGACGGCGAGAGCCUGGACUGCAUCACGCGCCUGCCGGACGAGCUUGGCUGGGGCAAGAAGGUCGCCGUGGGCGUGGGCGACGGCAGCCUGGCGAUCGUGGAUCUCAAGGCACGGGAGACCCAGGCCGUCCUCAGGCAUGACGAUGUCGAGGGGGUCGUGGCUGUCAACUUCGACUGUGAGGGGCGGAUGAUCAGUGGCGGUGGUCGGACUGUCAAGGUGUGGGCAGAACCCAACGGUGCAGAGAAGGAGGAGGCGGAGGGCUCGGACGAGGAGGACGGCGCCAAUGGCGGCAGCAAGCGCGCAGCCGACAGCGACGAUGACUCCGAGGAUAGUGAUGACAGCAGCGACAGCGACCGUCCCAGGCCUAAGAAGAAGAGGAAGGGCAAAAAGGGCCAGCUACGGGGCGAGGCGUUCCCUGGUCUAGAUUAG